GGCGGGGCCAUUUUGGGGGCAGUAAGACCCAGCGCGGGGCCCGAGAGACACCAGCGAGCACCACGCAGCGACCCGCCCGGCACCAUGAGCGAGGCGGCCGAGACCAGUACCGCCAGCCCGGCGCCCCCCGCCACUCCGACCGCCGCCACUGCCUCGACCACCACCACCGCCGCCGCUGCCCCGGCCGCAGCCCCCGCGCCGCCGCCGCCCGCCGUCGCGGACACCAAGCCUAAGAGCCCCGUUAGCGCCGCUACGGCGAGUGGAGCGAGUGGGGAGUCAGGCUCUGGCGCAGCUGCCACCACUGCCGCGGAGACAGAGAAGAAAGUGCUUGCCACUAAAGUUCUUGGCACUGUCAAGUGGUUCAAUGUCAGAAAUGGAUAUGGCUUUAUCAACAGAAAUGAUACCAAAGAAGAUGUGUUUGUUCAUCAGACAGCAAUAAAGAAGAACAACCCACGGAAAUAUCUGCGCAGUGUUGGUGAUGGAGAAACUGUAGAAUUUGAUGUGGUUGAGGGAGAGAAGGGUGCAGAAGCAGCUAAUGUCACUGGUCCAGAUGGAGUCCCUGUAGAAGGCAGCCGCUAUGCUGCGGACCGGCGCCGCUAUCGACGUGGCAGUUAUGGCCGACGCCGUGGACCACCUCGUAGCGGUGGUGAAGAACUGAAGGAUGGGGUCACAGAAGGACAGCUUCAACAAGUCCACAGGAAUCCUACCUAUCGCCCACGCUAUCGCAGAGGUCCCCAACGUCCUCGACCUGCCCCAGUGGCUGGAGAGGCUGAAAAAGAGAACCAGCAUGAGGCUAAUGCUAUGAGUCAACAGCCACUUCGCCGUGGGUAUCGGCGCCCAUAUAACUACCGGCGUCGACCUCGUCCACCCAGUGCUCCAGCUCAGGAUGGAAAAGAAACAAAGGUGACUGAAACACCUGCUGAAAAUCCUGCUCCAGUGACUGAGCAGAGUGGUGCUGAAUAAUGUCCGGCUCCCCAGACACCUUUACCAUCCCUCAGGUGUCCUAAAAUGCAACUAAAAACACCAAAGAAACAUUCAAGCAAUAAAUUGUCAACAAUGAUGAGAAAGUAAAGAUUUAAAACACUGAAACUUGAGAGAGAGAACUUACCAGCAGCUGACAUCCAGGGAACGCCUGCAAGAUAGAUGCAUCAAGAAAGAAAGUGAGAUUCAGAAAGAGCAACCUCCCCAGUUUCAACAGCAACUGUGGGGUUUUUUUGAUUUGGGUUUUUAUUAAGAAUUUCACUGUUUCACUAGCAUUGAAUUUUUCAAUUUUUCUUCUGGUAUCAAACUGCAAAGGGGAAAAAACCCAACCAAAGAACUGAAAUUGAAAUCAAAUGCUUUUUUUUAUUGGAUGCUGGUGCUAAACCUCCCAAGUGUGAUGAGGUUGUCCUUUUUUUUUUUUCUGUGCCCGUCCUGUUCAUUGCAGGACAUGGGGAGGAGAAACCUACGCUUUCCUUGGUAAGAUCUGUUUGAAACUGUGCAGUAUGGGUGACGUUCCUUACAAAUAAAAGUGAUUUCAACUACAAAAAAGCAAACUA